AUGUCAGACACAGAGAGUAGUACCUCGAAUCCCAAAGAUGUCCUCUAUGACUCCAUCCUCAACAACCGCACAAAAGAUCCCCAAACACCCAUCACCCGCACUCCCACCCACAAAUCCACACACUCCCGGCGCGGAAGCACCACGCUCCGCAACACCCCAACCCAUCUCUCGCAAAAAGAAACCCGAGAUCCAAAUCUCGAUAUCAAUCUUCCCUAUCGAACACUCAGUCCCAAUGCCAAUCUCUCCGAAUACACAGCCGAGAAACCAGAAGGUGAAAUUCCCUCUGCGGAAAGAAAUGGAAAGAUAGAUUAUAAACUCGUUACUUUCCUGCCCGAUGAUCCGGAGAAUCCUAAAAAUUGGUCAAAGGCGUUUAAAUGGUAUAUCACCAUGGUCGUUGCAUUGACGUGUUUUGUGGUUGCCCUCGCUUCGUCAAUUAUCACGGCGGAUCUGGUUGGAGUGGAAGAGGAGUUUAAUGUUUCUGAGGAGGUAGCUCUUCUCAGUAUCACGGUUUUUGUGAUGGGUUUUGGUAUUGGUCCCAUGAUGUUUGCACCUCUUUCCGAAGUCGUCGGUCGCCGCUGGAUAUACGGAGUGACAUUAUUCCUCGCAGUCAUCUUCAUCGUUCCCUGCGCCGUCGCGCAAAACAUCCAAACCCUCCUCGUCUGUCGCGCUCUCGAUGGAAUAUCGUUUUCCGCCCCCAUGACCCUCGUCGGUGGUACGCUCGCCGAUCUCUGGCGCACCGAAGAACGCGGGGUCCCUAUGGCCGCCUUCUCCGCCGCCCCUUUCAUCGGUCCCGCCAUCGGUCCUCUGAUCGGCGGCUUCCUCUCCGACGCAGCAGGCUGGCGCUGGCUCUACUACAUCCAAAUCAUCUUCGCCUUUGUCGUCUGGGUCCUCAUCACCUUCACCGUUCCCGAAACCUACGCGCCCACCAUCCUCGCGCGCCGAGCCAGAAAAAUGCGCGAGCAAUCCGGCGAACAGGAACACGUCACAGAACAAGAUCUCGAUCUACGCCCCUUCGCAGAACGUCUCCGUAUCUUCCUCAUCCGUCCUUUCCAACUGCUCUUCGGAGAACUCAUCGUCUUCCUCAUUUCUCUCUACAUGAGCGUUCUCUACGGUCUGCUCUACAUGUUCUUCGUCGCCUUCCCCAUCGUCUACCAAGAAGGAAAAGGGUACUCCGCUGGCACAACAGGACUCAUGUUCAUUCCUCUCGCUCUCGGGGUCAUCGCAUCGGCUCUGUGCGCUCCAAUCGUAAACCGCAAUUACAUGAGCCAAGUACGAAAAUACAACGGACAUCCCCCCGCCGAAGUGCGACUCAUCCCCAUGAUGUGUUCCUGCUGGUUCAUCCCCAUCGGUCUCUUCAUCUUCGCAUGGACCUCCUAUCCCCAACUCCACUGGAUCGGGCCCGCUAUCGGCGGCUUUCCCGUCGGCUUCGGAUUCAUCUUCCUCUACAACGCGGCAAACAAUUAUCUCGUAGAUAGUUACCAACAUCAAGCCGCUUCCGCGCUCGCGGCGAAAACUUUCCUCCGAUCGUUUUGGGGGGCCGCGGUCGUGCUUUUCACGGAACAGAUGUAUGCGCGACUGGGGUAUCAGUGGGCGAGUUCGCUACUGGCGUUUAUAGCGUUGGCGUGCUGUGCGAUUCCGUUUGUGUUCUGGGUGUGGGGCGCGAGGAUUAGAGAGAAGAGUCGGUUUGCGUAUGCGGGAGGGGAUGAGGAGGGAGUGGGGAGGAGGGUGGAGGAGGAGGAGUUGGAGAGGCAGAGAAGUUAUGUUAGUACUCCUUAG